GAUGAAGAUGAAGAUGAAGAUGAAGAUGAUGUUCACAGAUUCUACAUCUACUUUUAGAUACUUUUUGAUUGCAUCCAUUGUACUUUUGUUCAUUGAAAAGGCAAAUGAGACCAUUUUAUCAUCUUAAUCAUCAUCAUCUUCUUCAGCUCAUCGUCCAUUAUUUUCAUGAUUGAACCCGAAUCGAGAUCAAAUUGUGUCCUAAUUAGAUUGAACCAACGAAAAACGAAAACGAUAUUGUCCAGAUUUACUUUGUUUUAAUCUUCAAUCUUUAAUAAUUCGCCAAAUGAAAUUUACAUCAGAAUAAUUGAUUGUUAAUUGUUACUCCUUCUUUUCCGUUUUCUAUCCUACAAUUGUGACCAAUUUCUGAUUAGUGAAAGAAAUCAAAGUUAAUCAUCAUGGAUCCGGAACAAUUUCUAGAGCUCGCUAAUACAGUGACGAAGAUGAAAAUGUUUCCUUACUUUGAAAUGGCUCAUGCGGUGAUUAGUUGUCUCUACAUUCGUGAUGAUUUAGGUUCGGGUGCUCAUCCCUUUUCAAGAAAACACCCUUUCUCUUGUUGGUUAUCGUCUAUGGUCAACAUCUUUGCUUCGGCGAUUUUGGCCAAUUUUUUACUCGGUGAACCAAUUGUUGGUGCUUUUCGCAAUCCUAAUCAAAUACUUCUCGCCACCGUCGUUUGGUACCUCAUAUUUUACUCGCCUUUUGAUUUCGUCUACAAGGUGUGCAAAUUCAUGCCCUGUAAGGUCAUUCUGGCGGCGAUGAAGGAGGUUAUCAGGUGUAAAAAAGUUCAUGAUGGUGUUUCUCAUGCAGCCAAAAUCUAUCCAAAUGGAUUCCUCAUAAUGAUCGCCAUUGGAACCGUUAAAGGUAAUGGUGCGAGUUUCAUUAAGAUAUUGGAACGAUUGAUGAGAGGAGUUUGGACACCGAAUGCAAUGGAAAUUUUAACACCCACUUUUCCAACGAAAGCUUCGAUUGCUGCUUCGAUUAUCUUUAUUGUCGACAAGAAAACGGACUGGAUUUCGGUUCCUCAUGCAUUAGUUUACUUUGGAAUUGUUAUUUUCUUUGUAUAUUUCAAACUCUCUUCCAUUUUGUUAGGCAUUCAUGAUCCUUUUGUCCCGUUUGAGAAUCUAUUCUGUGCCAUUUUCCUUGGAGGUAUUUGGGAUGCGCUGGCUCACAUUAUAACGAAUGCCAAAAAAGGUGAUGAAAAUAGUCCCAAAGUGGAAAUUCCUAGAAGAGAAGAGACAAAAAAGAAGGAUUAAUUUAAUUGUGUUUUCGACCAACUAUCAUCCUGGAACUUUGGAAACUUUCAAAAAUGAACUGAAUCAAUUUUGAUUGUACAAAAUUUUCACUAUUUUUCACCUUCUCCUUCAGUGUAAUUAUCCCAAAUAAAAGUUACCAACGUUAAA